UCAAAGGAUUUGCUUUCGCUUCUGAGAGAGCCGCUAUUCUUUGAUGAUUGGGUAGCGGCAAACUUCAAAGCCAUAAAUCUUCCCUCUGACUGGCUGGCGGCCCAGCAAAGUCCUUAUCAAAUUCUUGGAGGUGAUCCUGAAGCGCUCAGACCUCGCGCGGGUCGAGCGAGCGCGGCGCGGCAAGGGGCGCCGGCGGGGAGGGCCCCCGCGCACAGAGCGGGCGUCGGGGAGGGACGCUGGGCGGCCUCUCGUUCUCGCCUUCGGGUCUCCAUGCCUCGGUGGCGCCCUGCUCCGCGUCGAGCGGUCCGCCAGCUGUAGCCAUGGCCGCCGUGGCAGUUCUCCGGAACGACUCGCUACAAGCCUUCCUCCAGGUCAGGGUGGGGCCGUGGGGAGGGCUCCGUGUAUCCUCAGUCUCAAAGGGAACCCCACUCAGUGGGUGCCCCUGGAGUUAGACCUAGGCAGAAAGCUCGGAGAGGUGUUGCCCACGCAAACUUCACACCUAACCUGUUAGCAAGAGUGUGGCCUUUGGGGGAGGGUUUUGCGGAGGUGCGCGACUGGCCGAAAAGAAGGCCAGAGCUCAUCCUGCUACGCCCUCCUGCUAAUUUCAGCCUGCUGCGGGCCAGGGAGAAGCGCGAGGGUAGCGUGGAAACCGAGAACUUAGAGAGAAGAGAUGGGGAAGGCGGAAGAUUUCCAGACCGCUGAGCGGCCCGUAGGUUUCCAAUCCCGUCCCACUUUGCGCCUGCUUCCUCUAAGGCUAGAUGGGCACUCUCCGCACUAAGUAGUUUUGCAGGAAGAGCUCCCGCGCCUCACUUUCAGGACCGCACCCCCAGCGCCUCCCCAGACCUGGGCAAGCACUCUCCCUUGGCGCUGCUGGCCGCCACCUGUAGCCGGAUCGGUCAGCCGGGCGUUGCGGCGCCCCCGGACUUCUUGCAGGUGCCCUACGACCCCGCCCUGGGCUCGCCCACUAGGCUCUUCCACCCGUGGACAGCCGACAUGCCGGCGCACUCGCCGGGCACGCUGCCACCCCCACACCCCAGCUUGGGGUUGACGCCGCAGAAGACGCACCUGCAGCCAUCCUUCGGGGGGGCGCACGAGCUGCCGCUCACACCCCCAGCCGAUCCCUCCUAUCCCUACGAAUUCUCGCCGGUUAAGAUGCUGCCCUCGAGCAUGGCGGCGCUGCCCGCCAGCUGCACUCCUGCCUACGUGCCCUACGCGGCUCAGGCCGCGCUGCCUCCAGGCUACUCCAACCUGCUGCCCCCGCCGCCGCCGCCCCCUCCACCCACCUGCCGCCAGCUGUCUCCUAACCCGGCCCCCGACGACCUUCCGUGGUGGAGCAUUCCGCAGGCAAGCGCCGGACCUGGAGCCUCCGGGGUUCCGGGGGGCGGGCUCCCCGGAGCCUGUGCUGGGGGCCCACACGCGCCCCGCUUUCCCUCUUCCACCGCGGCAGUCGCCGCGGCAGCUGCCUUACAGCGGGGCCUGGUGUUGGGCCCGUCGGACUUUGCGCAGUAUCAGAGCCAGAUCGCCGCGCUGUUGCAGACCAAGGCCCCCCUGGCGGCCACGGCCAGGAGGUGCCGCCGCUGCCGCUGUCCCAACUGCCAGGCGGCGGGCGGCGCCCCCGAGGCGGAGCCAGGCAAGAAGAAGCAGCACGUGUGCCACGUGCCGGGCUGUGGCAAGGUGUACGGCAAGACGUCGCACCUGAAGGCGCACCUGCGUUGGCACACGGGCGAGCGGCCCUUCGUGUGCAACUGGCUCUUCUGCGGCAAGAGCUUCACGCGCUCAGAUGAGCUGCAGCGGCACCUGCGGACUCACACCGGCGAGAAGCGCUUUGCCUGUCCCGAGUGCGGCAAGCGCUUCAUGCGCAGCGACCACCUCGCUAAGCACGUCAAGACGCACCAGAAUAAGAAGCUCAAAGUUGCAGAGGCCGGGGUCAAGCGGGAAGAUCCCCGGGAUCUGUGAGCCCACCCGCGGGUACCCACGAAGCUUCUCCCGCCUCGGACCUCCUUCCCAGCACCUCUGCGGGGGAGGUUCUGUGGGUCCGAGGCCUGAGGGGAGCGGGCCGCGGGGAGACCCAGCAGAUAAACCCUUCCCGCUGCCCUUCUCCUCAAGUGGCGCCAGUUUCCCAGCUUCCCCAGCCCUGGGACGGGGUCCCCGUGCCCAGGAGGAGCAAGGGACGUAGGGGUGGAAACUGGGACCACUUGGAUCACCGUUGGGAGUCCUGUAUUACCCCGGGUCGGUUCCAAGCUUUGAACAAUUCUGUCAGGGAGACCUACAGUUCUUGGAGACCACCUUAGGCUGGCCUUGUAUAUAGAAAACGCCUCUCUGGAAUAAAGCGGAAGGACCUUGGGAGAUUUAAAAUAGUGCCCGGGGUUUUGCUAGGACCUGCCCGGGCUUUGUACAGGUUAUUUAAUAGCUUUGUUAAAGAAUAAUUAUAAUAAUUAUAGCAUUAAUAAAAACGGUACUUUUGUCUUCAGCUCCAUGCAGAGCUCCAGCAUGAGAUGUCUCUGUAAAGCGAUCAGCAUUUGCAGCAUGAAAAUAAAUACGUUAACUGUGGGGUCACCUCGAGGAGACCCCGCUGA